AUGUCCUCGUCAGAGCUGCGAGACGGGGAACAAGGUGGGUUCCUUGGAUUGUCAGCGAUCUAUAACUAUAAUGCCUCUCAAGAUGUGGAGCUCUCCCUUCAGAUCGGAGACACGGUUCACAUCCUGGAGAUGUAUGAGGGUUGGUACAGAGGAUAUACCCUCCAAAAUAAAUCGAAAAAGGGUAUUUUCCCUGAAACGUAUAUCCAUUUGAAGGAGGCAACUGUGGAAGACCGAGGGCAGCAUGAGACUGUGAUUCCUGGUGAGCUCCCGCUGGUGCAGGAGCUCACAUCCACGCUGCGGGAAUGGGCUGUCAUCUGGCGGAAGCUCUACGUGAAUAAUUGUUUANNGCUCUUCCGCCAGCUACAGCAGAUGACAUACAGCCUGAUUGAGUGGCGGUCACAGAUCCUGUCUGGAACACUCCCCAAGGAUGAAUUGGCAGAGCUCAAGAAGAAGGUCACAGCCAAAAUUGAUCAUGGGAACAGAAUGCUUGGGUUAGAUUUGGUAGUGCGGGAUGACAAUGGAAACAUUUUGGACCCGGAUGAAACAAGCACCAUUGCCCUCUUCAAGGCCCACGAAGUGGCCUCAAAAAGGAUCGAGGAAAAGAUCCAAGAAGAAAAGUCGAUCAUGCAGAACCUGGACUUGCGGGGCCAGUCCAUUUUCAGUGCUGUUCAUACCUACGGCCUCUACGUGAACUUCAAGAACUUCGUCUGCAACAUCGGGGAAGACGCGGAGCUGUUCAUGGCCCUCUAUGACCCGGACCAGUCUACUUUCAUCAGUGAGAAUUAUCUAAUUCGUUGGGGCAGUAACGGGAUGCCCAAGGAAAUCGAGAAGCUUAAUAACCUCCAAGCGGUCUUCACUGACCUCAGCAGUGUGGACCUCAUCAGGCCCCGCAUCAGCCUCGUGUGUCAAAUUGUCCGGGUGGGCCACAUGGAGCUGAAGGAGGGCAAAAAGCACACCUGUGGACUCCGAAGACCUUUUGGAGUAGCAGUGAUGGAUAUUACCGAUAUCAUACACGGGAGAGUGGAUGAUGAAGAAAAGCAGCAUUUUAUUCCCUUUCAGCAAAUUGCCAUGGAAACCUAUAUCCGGCAGAGGCAGCUAAUCAUGUCACCGCUGAUAACAUCCCAUGUGAUCGGGGAGAAUGAGCCACUCACUUCAGUCUUGAAUAAAGUGAUAGCAGCGAAGGAAGUGAAUCACAAAGGACAAGGACUUUGGGUAUCCUUGAAGCUAUUGCCAGGUGACCUCACGCAGGUUCAGAAGAAUUUUUCACACUUGGUGGAUAGAUCAACAGCCAUUGCCCGAAAAAUGGGCUUUCCUGAAAUAAUACUCCCAGGAGAUGUUCGGAAUGAUAUUUACGUCACCCUAAUUCAUGGAGAGUUUGACAAAGGGAAGAAGAAGACACCGAAGAACGUGGAGGUGACCAUGUCUGUGUAUGACGAGGAGGGCAACAUGAUGGAGAAAGCAAUUCACCCUGGCGCUGGAUAUGAAGGCAUUUCAGAGUACAAGUCAGUAGUCUAUUACCAAGUCAAGCAGCCCUGUUGGUAUGAGACUGUCAAGGUAUCCAUUGCUAUAGAAGAGGUUACUCGCUGCCAUAUAAGGUUUACCUUUCGACACCGAUCGUCUCAGGAAUCCAGAGAUAAAUCGGAGCGAGCAUUCGGGGUGUCCUUCGUGAAGCUGAUGAACCCAGAUGGCACCACCCUGCAGGAUGGGAGGCAUGAUCUGGUGGUUUAUAAGGGUGACAACAAGAAAAUGGAAGAUGCUAAAUUCUACCUGACCAUGCCUGGAACCAAGGUAGAGAUGGAAGAAAAAGAACUGCAAGCAUCCAAAACCCUGGCCAACUUUACCCCCGCCAAGGAUAGCACAAAAGAUAGCUUUCAGAUUGCCACCCUCAUUUGCUCUACAAAGCUCACUCAGAACGUUGACCUGUUAGGUUUGUUAAACUGGCGUUCAAACUCCCAGAACAUCAAACACAACUUAAAGAAGUUAAUGGAGGUGGAUGGAGGAGAGAUUGUUAAGUUUUUACAAGAUACGCUAGAUGCACUUUUUAACAUAAUGAUGGAAAUGUCAGACAAUGAAACAUAUGACUUCUUGGUGUUUGAUGCACUGGUAUUUAUUAUUUCACUGAUAGGAGACAUCAAGUUCCAGCAUUUUAAUCCUGUCCUGGAAACCUACAUUUACAAGCACUUCAGUGCCACUUUGGCAUAUGUGAAACUCUCCAAGGUACUGAACUUUUACGUGGCUAAUGCAGAUGACUCCAGCAAGACAGAAUUGCUUUUUGCUGCUUUGAAAGCCUUAAAAUACUUGUUUAGAUUCAUCAUCCAGUCUAGAGUACUCUACUUAAGAUUUUAUGGCCAGAGUGAAGAAGGAGAUGAAUUUAAUAAUUCAAUCCGCCAAUUAUUUCUCGCUUUCAAUACAUUAAUGGACAGGCCUCUGGAGGAAGCUGUCAAGAUCAAGGGGGCAGCUUUGAAGUACCUUCCUAGCAUAAUUAAUGACGUCAAGCUUGUGUUUGAUCCUAUUGAGCUCAGCGUGCUCUUCUGCAAAUUCAUUCAAAGCAUUCCUGACAACCAGUUAGUUCGUCAGAAGCUUAACUGCAUGACCAAGAUAGUAGAGAGUAAUCUUUUUCGGCAGUCAGAGUGCAGAGACGUGCUCCUGCCACUGCUGAUCGACCAGCUCAGCGGCCAGCUGGACGACAACUCCAGCAGGCCUGACCAUGAGGCGAGCUCGCAGCUUCUGAGCAGCAUCCUGGAAGCGCUAGACAGGAAGGAUGUGGGCCCCACCGCCAUGCACAUGCAGCUGGUGAUGGAGCGGCUGCUGAGGAGGGUCAACCGGACUGUGAUCGGGAUGAGCCGACAGUCUCCCCACAUCGGGAGUUUCGUUGCUUGCAUGAUUGCCAUCCUGCGGCAAAUGGACGACAGCCACUAUGCUCACUAUAUCAGCACUUUCAAAACCAGACAAGACAUCAUUGACUUCCUCAUGGAAACUUUUAUCAUGUUUAAGGAUCUGAUUGGAAAGAAUGUCUGUGCCAAAGACUGGAUGGUCAUGAAUAUGACUCAGAGCAGGGUUUUCCUCCGUGCUAUAAAUCAGUUUGCUGAGGUUCUCACAAGGUGCUUCAUGGAUCAGGCAAGCUUUGAACUUCAGCUCUGGAACAAUUACUUCCAUUUGGCAGUAGCAUUUCUCACCCAUGAGUCCCUUCAGCUUGAAACCUUCUCACAAGCCAAGCGCACCAAAAUUGUAAAAAAAUAUGGGGACAUGAGAAAAGAAAUCGGCUUUAGGAUCCGGGACAUGUGGUAUAACCUGGGUCCUCACAAAAUCAAAUUCAUCCCCUCCAUGGUGGGUCCCAUUCUGGAGGUCACAUUGACCCCCGAAGUAGAGCUUCGGAAAGCCACCAUCCCCAUUUUCUUUGAUAUGAUGCAGUGUGAGUUCAAUUUCAGUGGAAAUGGCAAUUUCCAUAUGUUUGAGAAUGAGUUGAUUACAAAGCUGGACCAAGAGGUGGAAGGAGGCAGAGGAGAUGAACAGUACAAGGUCCUUCUGGAAAAACUGCUUCUAGAACAUUGCCGGAAACAUAAGUACCUCUCCAGCUCUGGUGAAGUAUUUGCGCUCCUGGUCAGCAGCCUCUUAGAGAAUCUCUUGGACUACAGAACCAUCAUCAUGCAUGAUGAGAGCAAGGAAAACCGGAUGAGCUGUACCGUUAACGUGCUGAAUUUUUAUAAAGAAAAGAAGAGAGAGGACAUAUACAUAAGAUACUUGUACAAGCUGCGGGAUUUGCACCGAGACUGUGAGAACUACACGGAAGCCGCCUACACGCUGCUCUUACACGCUGAGCUUCUGCAGUGGUCUGACAAGCCAUGUGUACCCCAUUUGCUUCAGAGGGACAGUUACUAUGUUUAUACCCAGCAAGAGCUUAAAGAGAAGCUGUAUCAAGAAAUCAUAUCCUAUUUUGACAAAGGCAAAAUGUGGGAGAAGGCGAUCAAACUGAGCAAAGAGUUGGCCGAGACUUAUGAGAGCAAAGUAUUUGACUACGAGGGCCUUGGCAACCUCCUGAAAAAAAGAGCCUCGUUUUAUGAGAACAUCAUUAAGGCCAUGAGGCCUCAGCCUGAAUACUUUGCCGUUGGAUACUACGGACAGGGCUUUCCUUCCUUCCUGCGGAACAAAAUAUUCAUCUACCGGGGGAAGGAGUAUGAGAGACGAGAAGACUUCAGCCUGAGGUUGCUGACCCAGUUCCCCAGUGCCGAGAAGAUGACCAGCACCACACCCCCAGGCGAGGAAAUCAAGUGCUCCCCAAAGCAGUACAUGCAGUGUUUCACCGUCAAGCCAGUGAUGAGCCUGCCGCCCAGCUACAAGGAUAAGCCAGUUCCAGAGCAGAUCUUAAACUACUACAGAGCCAACGAAGUGCAGCAGUUCCAGUAUUCCCGGCCCUUCCGGAAAGGAGAGAAGGAUCCUGACAAUGAAUUUGCCACCAUGUGGAUUGAAAGGACCACGUAUACGACCGCGUAUACCUUUCCUGGGAUUCUCAAGUGGUUCGAAGUCAAACAGAUUUCGACAGAGGAAAUCAGCCCUCUGGAGAAUGCCAUCGAAACCAUGGAACUCACCAAUGAGAGGAUCAGCAACUGUGUUCAGCAGCAUGCCUGGGACCGGUCCUUGUCGGUGCAUCCUCUGUCCAUGCUGCUCAGUGGCAUCGUGGACCCGGCCGUCAUGGGGGGGUACUCCAACUACGAAAAGGCUUUUUUUACAGAAAAGUACUUGCAGGAGCAUCCUGAAGACCAGGAGAAGAUUGAGCUGCUAAAGCAACUGAUAGCCUUACAGAUGCCUCUGCUGACAGAGGGGAUCCGCAUCCACGGAGAGAAGCUGACGGAGCAGCUCAAGCCGCUGCACGACCGGUUGUCGUCUUGUUUCCGGGAACUCAAGGAGAAAGUGGAAAAGCUCUAUGGGGUUAUAACACUGCCACCCAACUUGACCGAGAGGAAGCAAAGCCGCACAGGGUCCAUUGUGCUACCCUACAUUAUGUCAUCUACGCUGCGAAGAUUGUCCAUCACCUCGGUGACGUCCUCUGUGAUUUCCACCUCUUCUAACUCAUCUGAUAAUGCCCCUUCCAGACCAGGAUCUGAUGGGUCAAUGCUGGAGCCACUUCUGGAGCGCAGGGCCUCGUCAGGUGCCAGAGUUGAAGAUCUACCCCUCAAAGAGGACAGUGAGAACCGGAUCAGCAAGUUGAAGAGAAAAGAAUGGAGCCUGAGCAAGUCUCAGGUCAUUGCAGAGAAAGCACCAGAACCUGAUCUGAUGAGCCCAGCCAGAAAAGCUCAAAGGCCAAAGAGUCUCCAGUUGUUGGACAAUCGGCUGACACCGUUUCAUGGUUCUUCACCUCCUCAGUCAACACCUUUGAGCCCACCUCCACUCACUCCUAAAGCUACCAGGACCCUAAGCUCCCCAUCUUUGCAGACAGACGGGCUGAUGACGGCUACGGCGCCCCCUCCCCCUCCCCCCAAAAGCAAGCCCUAUGACAGUAGCCAGAGGAACUCCGAGGAGAUCGCUCCCCCACUGCCUGUGCGAAGAGAAGCCAAAGUUCCACCCCCGCCACCUCCCAAAGCUCGGAAAUCUGGCGUCCUUUCUUCUGAGCCUGGAUCCCAAUAAAGAUCUUAUCCUCUUUCUGAAAUUCAAAGUGCCUGGGACAGCUGACGCCCGAGAACUGGCCUCCAGAAGGCAGUGUCCUCAUCACGCCAGCCCCAGCCGACUGCCUUUCCUGCUCUGGGAUGAGGUUCACUAGCUCAAAACUGGGUGUCCUUUUGAAAUCUUCUGUUUGAUCAAUGCCUGAGGCUACGCCACGUCUCCACUCCUCGGGGAAUUCCAGAAGUAGCCAUAUCUUGUGCAUUUUUCAAAGGAGAGAGCGCCCUCACCAUUCUAAAGUUUCAACCUCUGGCACAGAGCCCCGAGGCCUACAACAGCCUGGAUAAGUUCUUCGGUGAUGGUGGUUGUGGAGCAACCCUAGUAACCUGGUCCUUGGACGGAUUUCGCGCUUUGCUUCUGAAAAGCUGUGCUCAAGGCUUAGUUUUAUCACGUGGACUUAUGCUACCCCAUAUAACAUACUGGGAGAGACCGAUAUCAAGUACUUUGGUAGCUGAAAUCAUACCUUUCUAAUGUCUACUGUGUCUCUUUGAGGAAAAGAAUAUCUUUUUAAUGAAGAUUGGCUGAUUUUAAGUGUGCAUGGCUGUCAUUAUUGAAAAGCCAUGGACUCCCAUGACCCCUGAGCUUCAGCUUCCCCCAUCCUGUACCCCCUGGUGGCACAGGGAAGCUGUCCCUGCCCCUUCCAGGAGUCCCUUACACUCCUAAUGGCCCUUCCUGCACGGCAGUCGCCCCGUCCUGCUGUGGACUCUUCUGAAGUUCUUUCUUUUGCACACACAGUUUCUUGUCCUGUUACCUCCUCUGAGCUCAUAUCACUGGAUAUAAGGGACUUAGGAGCCCGGGUUCAAAAGCUUCUCUUCCAGACACCAUGUGAACGGCUCGACAGCCCUAUCCACAUCCAAUUUUACCCUGGAGAAUACAGUGCAAUAUUUCCUUUUGAUUAUUUAUUCCUCUUGACUGUAGAUUUAAUUUGAUUACGUGUUUAUGGUACUAUUAUCAGUACUCCUUUCAGAAGAAAAAAUGGGGUGAUUCAGAUGAUGAAAUGUUACCUACACGCACACAAACAGCCACACACAGGUAAAGAUGUUUUGAGCUGGAAGGGCCUUAAAAGUCAUAUAAACAACCCCUUUAUUUUGUAGAUAAAGAAAUUGAAGUUGAACACAGAAAACCCUACUACAGAUUCUUACUAAUAACUCAGCUUGCUCAUUGAGGCCACACCCAGAUAACACAGAUCUAGAAGACAACCCUGAUGAGCUUUUAACUUCUACCCUUAGGCCAAACAACAGUGGAAAGGGCCCAGAUAUUUCUGUACUGCUUAGGUGUUUAUGGCCAAGUAGACACCCUUUUGACUGUGGACACCCUAGGUCACCAUGGGGGGCGGGGCUCACCAGGUCUCUUCCACAGUCUGGCUGAUCCCCUUUCCUCUGAGACAGAGAGAGCAGAGAGAGAAAUUUCACCUCCAAGAAUUUGGAUCUGCUUGUCUGCCUCUGUGUUUGUGUGCCUGUCCACUCCUCUUUUGAGAGAAACAUAUUAAUUCAUCACGGGGUCAUGGAAGUAAAACCUCUGAGGUGUGUGUCCUGCAUUCCUCAAGAAACGAGUAUGAAUAUUUAAAAAUGAUGAGGGAGAGUUUAGUCUUCGCUCCACCCAGGAGAACCUGCAGUGCAAGUAUGAUGGGAAGAACCUGGGUGCUGGAAGUAAACCCGUUUGGUUUCAGAUCAUCCCAGCUAUGUCCUCUGUGAACUUUGCAAACGCCUUGAAAUUAUUCGGAAUUUUCUGAGCUUCCAUUUCUUCACCUUUCAAAAUGGGGAUCAUACCUGCCACACAGGUUGUUGUGAGGUUCGAAUGAGAUCAAAUGUAUAAAGUAGUAGGUACUUAUCAAAUGGUCCUCUUUCCUCUGCUCAGCCGGAUCUGGGACUGUCUAAUAGCAUUAUUGAUAUUCUUUUUUUUCUUUUCAGGAUAAUUUGGAUUGUGAGCGUAGGUUAGUUCUGCACAUAUAGUCUCUCCAAAAGAUAUGACUAGAGAUGCAGUGUUAAUAAGAACUGAAGGGGAUUUUAAGUGGAAAGAACUCGAGAAUAAAGAGAAGGAACAGAAAAGCUACACAGGGCAUACGCAGAACCUGGGGCCACUCGUGAGAAGUAUCCCUGCAGACUGGCUGGAGGAGAUUCACAUGCUUCAUCUAUUUUUCAGGCUGCCAUUAGAAGAGAAAGAUGUAAACUGGGUCGUGAAAAAAACCCAGACCUCUAGCAUGUCACUUCAGAGCAGCGGAAGUGAGUCCUGCAGUCUGGUCUUUGACGAGAGGCUGGGGAACCUGACACCCAUGUGAGGGACUGUCCCUUUUUAAUGUAACAUUUUCCCAUGUGAUUCCCUGUCCACAGUAAUGGAAAUACUAGGCGUCUCCUGCCUGAAAACAAAGGAUUCCAGGUAAUGUUGUGAAUAAUAGAUUACAGGAGACAUUGGAAGUUUCAUUUCCUUGAGAAGCCAUUGGAUAGGAAAGAGUCAUAUUCGACAAAACAUGAAUAACGUCUAUCCUGAAGUCACAGAGGAAGACUGCAAAGAAAUGUCUUAUGAGUAAAGAUAGGAGAGAUUUGGGGCAGGGAAUAGAGACUGAACAGAUCUUUACAUUCCUUGAUAAGAACUCUAGAGUAUUGAAAAACAUUGAAAUUAGCCCCCAAAUUGUCAUAACCUUUGUGGAUCUUGGUUUAUUGGAUGUUUAUUAAUCCCUUCUUUCUCUGUCCUGGUGACUCAUCUUGCUUUUAUUUUUUUUUUUUCCAAGAAUUGUUUUAUUCAUCACACAUUAGGCUCUUUCUAACUGCCAGACGCCACACUAGACCUUCAGGGCGUGGCAGUCAACAUGUUCGGUGGGAAACAGCCCCAGAACACAAAGCCUGUACACCACUGCGGUGUACUGCGGGAGGGGAAAGUGAGUGGUCUUGGAGGUCGUGAAACCCUAAGUGCACUGGGCUACUGGGCUGUGGCUAGCCUCCUCUUCCACCUUCAUACCUUGACUCCAGAAUUUCAGUCAUUUUCUCCUAUCCGGGAGACCCUUAAAAACUGCUGUUGUCAUACUGCAAAUCCUUAGGAUGAAACAAGAGCUAAAAGCAGAAUUUGAAAUAACAAUCUACCGUUGUAAACUCUUUCCAAGAUACAAGAGUCCUUCUCCUUUAGUUACCCCCCGAUCAUGGGGUGAUUUCUUAUUUUAAAAUUGAGACAUAACUUUCGUACAAGUGCACAAAUCUUAAGUGUUCCGAUGGAUGACAUUUUACAUCGGUGUACACUGAUGUCACCACCUCUCAGAUCCACACAUAGAUGACUUCCAGUACCCCAGAAGAUUCCCUCGCGUUCGUGCUGUCAUUUUGUAAAAGGUGUUCUGAAGGGCCUUUAAAUUUGUGCCUUCCUUCCUCUCACUUCUUGAGAAUAAUGAAAAGGGGAGAAAAACCUUGCCAUCAACACAAAACGAUACUGUGUAAAUUUGGCAAGUCAAUUUGUAAACAGUCCCUGGGCCUCAGUUCCCUCGUGUAAAAAAAAUAUUUAUAUAUAUAUGUAUAUAUUUGAAACCAUGUGAUUUUCAGACCAAGUGGAAUUUUAAAAUUAAGUUGGAAAACAUAAGUUCCUUUUGGGGUGGGUUGAGAGUGGACCUAUCAGUUAUAAUCUACAAAAGGAAAAAGAUAGUUUUCCUUUUAGGUUAAUGAUUUCAGGCUGAUUCUUAUUAUUCAGCCAAAGGUGGUCUCCAAUACAUGCUGCCCAAAUUCAUCUAUUAAUCAUAUCUUGUGAGUUGUUCAUCCAAACCUUAUCUAAAGCUCUGUUGCCAUGAUUUUGUAAACUACUUGGGUUUCAAACAUGGACAGUUAGGAAGAUGUGCAUUGAAAUAGAAAAAUUUUGUUCAGA